UAAGCAUAAGUUGAACGAAAAGUAGUGCCGGUGGAAUUAGGCGUAUUUAUUGAUAGUUAUUGCGAAAAAAAUGUUGAAUUGUUGUGAGAAAUGUUAAAACUAAAUAGAGUUGUGUACGGGAUUUGAGGUGGUGAUGAGUAUGUGUUAGAAAAGUAGUAAUUGAGAGAUAAUAUGUCGGCGUAGUAAUGGGAGGUUUACCCAUAACCUCGUUUCGUGUUAUUGGAGUAGAUACGGAAUUAAGUUGUGUGUCAGAUGUGUCCAUCAUUUAUGAUUAUUGAAAAAGUUUGGUGGCGUUAUUUAUUUACGGAGUAUAACUAGUGUCGAAGUGAUUUGUCUAGUAUGUGUUUGGAAGGACGAAGUAGUAAAUUGGACACCCAAAAUGAUGGAAAGCAUCGGUUUGUGACUAUAACGGCGGGGUGUUGGCAACGAUCGGCGGUGUUAGAUCGCAGCCGUUUUUCUUAACAUGGCUGCAACGCAGGCCGAAAACCAAGAAAAUGACGUGAACAGUGAUAAAGUGCAGCAGUCGGAUCAACAGCUUCAUAACGUGCGGAAUUCCUUAUUACAAAAUGGGACCGAUAAGAGUGGUGUACGCGGUGGUGGCGGUGUAGUGCACACAAAGGCCAAAAGCACCGGCGGCAAAAACGAAAUGAGUACCCAAUAUCGACAGCAGGACGGCGGUGGGGUCGGGGCCGGUGCCGGUGCCGGGACCGCGACGGCGACUCCUGUCCCGACGGGCACAUCGCCGCUGCCGUUGCCGCUACCGUUGCCGGUGCCCCAGCAAAACAUUCAGGGGGUGCCCCCUACGUCUUCGUCGCAGGCGCCGUCUCCGGCCACGGCCGGCCCGCCCGCCUCGCAGCAAUCGCCGCACGAGCCGCCGUCGAUAGGGGGCCCACCGGCCGGCGGCUCCUCUGCGAACGCGCCCGCUCCCGCCGCUCCGUCGGCCACUACCGAUCCGGACUCCUCUUCGUCCGGUGGAGCGGGAGCCGCGGCGUCCUCGCACACGGGCGCGACGGCGGCCUCGUCCGCGUCCGCAUCCAUGGACUCGUCGAUGUAUCAUCCGGCGGCCGGCGCGGAGGCCCCGCAGCCCUCAGCGUCCGACGGCGGCCACGGCUACGGCGUGUUCCCGCCGUACGGUCGGGACGUGCACAACAGCGCGCCCCCGGGUGCCCAGAGCGCCCAGCAACAAGAAGGACCUGGAAGUGGAGGAGUCGGUGGCGGAGGUGCUAGUUCCGGAAGCGGUGUCGGUGUCAGUGGAGUGCACGCCUUCGGUCCGCGGCAAACGUUCGCCGGACCGCCGGGACCCAAGCAAAUGCCACGUUUCGUGACGGGACAACCGACCGGACCGACUCCCACACUCAAUGAACUGCUCCAAAGGAACAACAACCCCUACAUGUGCGGUACUAACAAUUACGACCAAUACAAAUGUUGGCCACCACAGAAACCCUAUCCAGGACCGGGGGGACCGUCUCCGGGAUCGGGACCACCUCCAUCCCCCUACAGGACGCAAUCAGCGCUGUCGCCGGCGUACGGGGGCGGAUCGGCCCCAAGUCCGGGCUACGGCGAGAGCAGAACGGGAUGGGCAGGCGGUCCACCAGGUCCCGGCCAACACGGGCCGGGCAGUCCGGGACAGGCGGGCGGCGGUGGCGGUGGCGGCGGCCCGGCACCGGUCAGCCAACCGUCGCCGCAGCCGUCGCAACCGCCAAGCCAUUCGCCCGGUCCCGGGCCGGGGAUGCCGCCCAGUCCGCAGCACCAGUCGCAUCAGGCGUUCCCGAACAGGCCGCCGCCGCCGACCACACCGAACGCCCAUGGGCCAGACGCCGCGGAUUUAAGCGGAGGAAAUAGCAAUGACAGUUCAGGAGGUCCAGCUCCUGGCACACCUAAUUCUCAAGGUAUGAGGCCAACACCAUCUCCAACGGGUUCAACUGGUUCGAGAUCGAUGUCACCAGCAGUGGGACAAAACAUUUCCAUUCCACCGCGUCCGUCGAGCGGUCAGUCCGAUGGGAGCGGACCUACGCGCUUGAGUCAUUCCCCAAUGGGAACGCAACCCUCCUAUCAGCCAUCUCAUCCCUCUCAUCCCGCUCAUCCCGCACACCCAGGUCAUCCGGGCCAUCCGGCGCACCCAUCUCACCCGUCCCAUCCGUCCCACCCGCACUACAAAGGCCACGGUGGGAUGGUGGGCGCGGGCCAGCAGAUGCCGCCCUAUCAGACGAACCAAUACGGUCAGGGCGGCUAUCCCGCGCGGCCGCCCUCCAACGUCCAGUACCCGGGCGGUCCGGGCCAGGGUUACGGUCCCCUGGCCGGGCAACAACAGCCGCCCUCCGCCAACAACAUGGCCCAGUCGCAAUUCCCAAGCCGCUCCGGCUCGAACCACAUACCGAACUCGUUCACGCCUUAUCAGCAGCAGCCGUGGCCGCCGGUCUCCGUGUCCCAAGCCCCCUCGAAGGGCAACGGCCCGAAUCCGCCACUGCAGGGGCAGCCGCAGGCGCCCGGCUCGCAGUCACCCGGUCCCGGCCAAGGCCCUGGCCAGGGUCCCGGUCCGGUGCCGGGCGGCGGUCCCGGCUCCUCGCCGAGACAGCCCCACUACCUCAAGCACCACUUGCAGCACAAAAUGGGGUUCGGCGGUGUGGGCGGCGUGGCCGGUUCGUCGGCGCCGCCCAGUCCCGGUCCACCGCAAAAUUACCACAUGGGUCCGCCGCCCGCCGGCCACCACCAUUCGGGCAUGGGUCCGCCACCGUCGAUGGGGCCGCCGCCCAACAUGCCGCCGGCCAGCAGUCCCCUAUUACCAAACAACCAUCCGCACGACGGUUCAGGACCAAUGCCGCCUCCCAGUUCCACCUCGAAUUCCCAUUCUCAAUUGGGUGGCGACAUGAUGGACAACGGUAUAACCACUACCGCUCAAGCCAAUCUAAAUACUCACGUCACUGCGGCCUCCAGUGGUUCAGUUACUUCCGUUGUUACCACAGGACCUGACGGAACGCCAAUCGAUGAAGGUUCCCAACAGUCGACGCUAUCUAAUGCUUCAGCCGCUUCAGGUGAAGAUCCGCAAUGUACAACGCCGAAGGCGUCCCGUAACAAAAACGACAUGGGACACUACAGCCAUCCAACAACACCGCAAAGCACGGUGCCGUCUCCGGGGGCAGCUAGUAUUACCUCCAUGCACGAGGACUUCGGAGACAUCAACAGUCCCGCCAGUUGGCCGCGGACACCCGCCAGUCCGGUGUUUAACAGUCAUGUGCCCUCAACGGAUACCUACCGCUCAAAGAAAACCGACAGUUUGAGCAAAUUAUACGAGAUGGACGAAAGCCCCGACAGAAGGGCUUGGCUAGAUAAAUUGUUGGCUUAUAUGGAAGACAGGAGAACUCCGAUAACCACAUGCCCCACCAUAUCUAAAAAUCCGCUAGACCUGUUCCGCCUGUACAUGUACGUCAAAGACAGGGGUGGCUUCAUGGAGGUCACGAAAAACAAGACGUGGAAGGACAUCGCCGGCAUGCUGGGAAUAGGUGCGUCAUCCAGCGCCGCGUACACGCUCAGGAAACACUACACGAAAAAUCUGCUGGCCUACGAGUGCCAGUUCGACAGGGGCGGCAUAGAUCCCCAGCCGAUAAUCAAUCAGGUGGAGGCGACUUCCAAGAAGAAGGGAGCCAAAGCCACGUCGGUUCCCUCGCCCGGUUCCUCGAACUCGCAAGAUUCAUUUCCUCCGCCAGGCUCUGGUGGAGCGUCCAUGGACGGGUAUCCACCCUACGGCUAUCAGCCCGGUAAUAAUCCCGAUUAUCCGCCGCAAAGACCCUCCUCCCAGUCGGCACCGUCUCCACACGGAGGUUCAGGAGGGGCAAAUCAUUUAAACAGUCAGACAGCGGGGUCAGGCCCUGGCGGUCCGAGCCCUGCGGGCGGGGCCGGCGACAACAACGUAAACGUAUCGAAUCCCUUUGACGAUGUGUCCUCGAGUCCGUCAGCACGCACGGGCCCCUUUCCCCCCUAUCCCACGGGCAAUAAUCCGCCGAGGCCGCCCGCCCAGAAUUACGGAGGGGCAGCGGCAGGCCAGCCCGGAUACCAACCGUAUCCGGGUCCGGGGCCGGGCGGACCCGCGCCUCCCGACCACUACUCACCGUACUCCACUAAUUCGGCUUAUCCGGCUGCUGUUAGACCAGUCUAUCCUCCAUAUUCAGGUGACAGUGGAGCCGCGCCGCCCCCGCCGAACUCGACACAAGCGCCGCAGGGACAAACCGGCACGGCCACGCCGCAGGACCAUUACAACCGCUACAACCAGCAGCCACCAGGUUCCGGUGGGUACGCGCCGCCACCGCCACGUCCCAACUACUCGUCCGGUCCUGGUCCCGGUCCCGGUCCAGGUCCCGGUCCUGGUCCGGCCAACGCUGGACCGCCGCCGGCGUCUCAGUCACCGGCCGCACCUGGCGGCCCUCCGGGAGCUCCCUACUCCGACUACUACCGACAAAAUUGUCCUCCUGAUCAGGCGCAAUCGGGCGGACCGUAUCCAGGAGGACCGGGCACUCCGACUAAAACUAUGCCACCACCCGGCCCGCAAGCACCGCGGCGUCAUCCCGACUUCAAUAAAGAACCACAAUAUCAACCUUAUGGACAACCGAGGACUCCGCAUAAUAUGUAUGGUUGGGCCAACAACACCACGUACAGAGGUGGCGCCCAUUAUAACAGUGGACCGGGCGGACCGGGAGGACCGGGCGGCCAGCAGCCACAAUGGAAUCCGGGAGGAAGACCUCCGGUAGGCACGUGGGGCCAACAAGGAGCCGGCGGCGGCUACCAAGGGGCACAGAGUCCAGGACAAUGGCAAUCGGGCGGCGUAGGUGUCGGUCAGAACGCCAACAUGCGCCCAAUACGCAAACCGUUCCCGCCUUUAAUGCAACCCGGCGGCGUCGGUAAAGCCGGCUCACCCGGACAAACUCCGGGAGGAGCGGGCGGCGGCAACUCCUACUCCCACAACCAGUUGCCGAAACGCGAAAUCACUUUCCCACCGGACAGUGUGGAGGCCACGCAUCCGGUGAUGUACCGGCGUAAGAGGCUUUGUCGGGCCGAUCUCGGUCCGGUGGACGCCUGGAGGCUCAUCAUGUGCCUGAGGUCGGGACUCCUUUCCGAAAGCACUUACGCACUGGACAUGCUCAACAUUUUACUCUACGAUGACUCCUCAGUUGGAUAUUUCGGCUUGAACCAAUGGCCCGGAUUGCUGGACUUGUUGCUGGAACACUUCAGAAAGUCACUGUACGACAUGUUCGAGGACCCCUUCCACAAAGAGGAACCCGACGAUAAGCACAUCGAUCUGGGCGCCGUCGUAAGACCCAUCGAUCCAAAUUCGAAAACGGUACUUCUCAAUAAUACCACGAAUUACUCGUUUGUGUCGCGUAAGGGCCACCCCGUCAAAAUGGUGGAGAGAAACGAUGAUAUCUUUGUCGAAGAUAACGUGAAAGAUUGGGACUUGCGGGGUGACGUGAAUCGUGCUAACACGUUAGCAGAAAUACCCACCGAUCCUUGGCACACGACAGCCGAUCACAUUUUGCCCACGUUCCAAGCCGAAUUCGGCAACAUUCCCUUUCACAUGCGGCUAGAAGACAAGAAGAAGGUGAAAAAGGAACAGCACGUGACCGAGGACGAGAAUGAUAAUUUGAGUUUGCACGAUGGAACAGGUAAACUGCGAAAAUGUCCGUUGGACGAGGCCCCGCCACACCCAAACAGUGAACGGGAUUGGAAACGUAGGACAAAGACACUAAGUGAUGUGAUAUCUCGAAUAAAGAAAGACUCUUCCGAUGCUAAUGAUGUAAACGCAUUGAAGCCGGCGCAGACAGAUAACGUAAAGACUGAAAUCGAUGGUGUGAGUGACGAUACGAACACGAACUGUAAACAGGAGCAGGAAGAACAGCAGCAGCAGCAGCAGCAAACCAGUGUAGAUCUGAACAGUAGUGUGAAUGAAAAUGGGAACGAAGGGAAUGGUGGCGGCAAUGGGGAACUGUGCGGUCCGAGUGUUCGUGAUCCGGCCGGUACGCUGAAACGACGCAGGAUCUCUGAUUAUGAGGACGAGGCUUACACCAGAGACGAGGCCAGUCUUGUACUGCUCACCGAAAGCCAAGACAAUGUCGGCAAGAGGUGCGUCUGCAUGUCCAACAUCCUCAGAAGCCUCACCUUUAUACCCGGUAACGAGAACGAGUUCGCUCGUAGCAAAAUCUUCCUGGCUCUCAUUGGCAAAUUGCUUCUGCUUCAUCAUGAACAUCCGCCGAGGACGCAGAAGACCAGAAAUUACGACCGAGAGAGUAUUAUUUUUCAGGAGGAUGCAGAUUUCGCUGAUUCUUGCAGCAGUCUUCAAGGAGAAAGUGAAUGGUGGUGGGAUUUCCUAGUUCAAAUAAGGGAGAACAUUCUGGUAUCAGUUUCGAACAUAGCGGGUCAAAUCGACAUCUCAGUAUUUUCGGAGGAGGUGGCCAGGCCGCUUCUAGACGGGCUACUACAUUGGGCAAUAUGCCCGUCGGCGACAGGUCAGGACCCGUUCGCGUCGGUGGGCCCGUCGUCCCUGUUAUCGCCGCAACGGCUGGCCCUCGAAGCACUUUGUAAAUUAUGCGUGACCAACAGCAACGUGGACUUGGUGAUUGCGACGCCGCCCUUCUCGCGUCUCGAACGACUCUGCGCCGUAUUGACGAAACACCUAUGCAGGUCAGAGGAUCAGGUGCUGCGGGAGUUCUCCAUUAAUUUGUUGCACUACUUGGCCGGCGCAGACACGAGCAUGGCAAGGGUGGUGGCAUCGCAGACGCCUUGCGUCUCACUCCUAGUCGCCUUCAUCGAACAGGCGGAACAGAGUGCCCUGGGCGUCGCCAAUCAACACGGCAUCAGCGCCCUACGCGAGAAUCCCGACUCGAUGGGUACCAGUUUGGACAUGUUGAGACGAGCUGCCACCACGCUGGUGUUUUUGGCCCGUCAUCCGGACAACAAGGCGUUGAUGGUGCAACAGGAAUCGAGGCUGCUCGCCCUCGUUAUGAGCCAGAUAUUAGACCAACAAGUGGCGCUUUUGCUCUCGAAAGUGCUCUAUCAAAUAUCUCGCAGCUAAAACUUUCCAAGGGGCCUUGUUCUUGAUGCUGUAUGAGUAUGCUGACCGCUCAGUCUGUCUGCUGCCUGUCUGUCUGUGUAAUGUAUAGACAUAUAUAUUAAGAUAAUAACAUAAUGAAAAUGAUGCUGUUGAAGAUAAUGUAUAGUGUGAAUUCCCGAACUUGUACCACAAAAAAUGACAGUGUGUGUGUGAGAGUGGUAAGAAACAAAUGUGACUAGUGACUAAUGAUUUUUGACUAGUGACUACACUGGUAAAUGAUAAUGACUAGAGAUGAGAUGAGGCCAGAUCUGCAGAUCUCCCAUAGCUAAUCAAUUCACAUAGUGUAAUCCUUUAAUUGUACCAUUUUGUAAAUUAAGCAACAUACGUCUUUCUGGAAAAUGUUAAACAUACAUCCAUGUUACUUAUGUAUUUAUUAUUAUUAUUUCAUGAUAUGAAUGAGUACGGUAGUACUGUAGCUCUCAAGUUGCUCUGAACAGAACAGUGCAGAUGCAGAUGCGAAACGAUGCUAUCAGUAUCAAAUAAGAAAUUCAUCCGAACAAAAACAAGACACCUUUUUACCUAAAUCCUCUCCCAUACACACACAAAAACACACCCACCAUCUAAUAUCCCUUCUUUCCCAGGCUCCUUCAGUUUUACUGUUCAUUUUCCUGCACACUCACAUCUCUUAUUUCAUGUUUGGUAUUACUGUGCGAAUGCUUUAUACAUGUCUGAUAAUGAAUUAAUUAAAUAAAUGUACAAAGGAAGUACCGAAAAAUGGUGUUUUUAUACAACUUUUAAUUUUCUAUGUAUAUUUAGAAAUGUUUUAUACAUCCCAUUUUAGCUGUUACUCUGUUACUUGAACAAGUAUGGACUGUAUUCACUAUCACUAGGGGCGUCUUAAACUUGGAUAACUACGUCCAAACGUAUUAUACCAAUUUUUCACGAUUAAUUAAAUCAUUCUUAUCCAUAACUAUUUUUAACUGUGCGGAAACUAACUAUUUUUACAAUUACAUUUUAUUCGUUUAUUGUGAAUGUUGUUUUAACAUUGUUUUAUUUUACAUUUUUUUAUAUACCUUUACUAGUUUGAUAAAAAUAGUUGGUUGGAUUGAUCAGUUGAAAUAAUCAUGGCUAUUUUUGAUUUAUCUUGUACAUAGACGCCAUUGACUGUAAAAUAAAAAAUAUAUAGAAGAGGCAGUCUUGAUCUUAGAACUCAAUUGUAGUUUAAAAUAUGUGGUGAUAUUUUUCUGGCUGUAGGUAUUAAUUCAUCUUAUGUAUGAUUGCAUAUUAUAAAUUGAGUAAAAUGCUAAAUACAUUGA